UUUAUGUUUCAAUUUUAAUCUCUUCUUAAAUUUUCAAUUUAUUUUAUUCGAUCACCCUGUAGAGAGAGAACACACAGUGGCCUUGCUUCGUUGCGACCUUUCUUCCCCGUGAUUCGCCCAAUUUCUCGCGACUGGUCGUUCCGCGUCGCGUCUACCGGUGCUGCCGCCAGGUGGUAUCCAUCGAAAUCAGGCACAGGGCGAGAGUUUCUUGGUUGUGUGGUGCGCGGAGUGAGUCGGCGUGAUCGCGGAACGGAAGGAAGAUCGUGUUUGGACGUUGGCGUAGACGCUCUUAUACACGUUGUCACAGCUUCCUUCCCGCCUCUCUCUUUCUCUAGCUUCGAUCCUUCCCUCAUCCUGUCGCGAAACAACGUUCUCAUCCAUUCCAUUCCCGUUCCGUGGUUCAAAAAAAACGAAGGUGCACUUGGAUACAUCGCCCCUCGAAAAUAGAUUCGUCGCGAAAGUUGGGGCGAAUGGGGUUGCACGUGCGUGAGUCUGGCAGUGGCGGAGGUGUGUCGAUAGGUUUAGCCGUGGUCGCGUGCGUGUAUGAAUUCGAGAGGAGGCAAAAGUAUCGGGUUACGGCCCGUCCGUCCUUAUCGUAUGUGCCGCGUCCGCAGGACAACUGAAGGCGAUUCGAUCUGGAGCUCAUCGUUGGAAGAAGGGGAUCAUAUUUCAAAACAUUUCACCGAGGAGAACGAGAAACGGGUCAAAGAGGGGAGAAUUAUUCGAGUGUCGAUUGCCGAGCGCGUUCUAACAUUUCGAGGUGGGGCGAGAAGAAGAGGGAAAAAGAGAUCAAAUUACAAAACAUUCGACCGAGGAGACCGAGAGAGGGACCAAGGACGAAACAAUUGUCGAGGUGUCGGUUACGAAUCGUAAUUUCGAAAGGAGGCAGCAAGAAGAGCGGAAAAGGGAAGAGAGAGACGAGGCAAAGCGUGGCCAUAAGCGCGAGAGGAGCUCGCGAGAGGAGCAGCCACGGAGGCAGAGCGAGAGAGGUGGAGUGAACGGGCGAUAAUCGAGGAUUUGAAUGGGUGGGCCGGGAGCCGGUAGGGUUAACAGGCACGAGCUGAACGCGGUGCCAAAGAGCGACGUCGGUCACGGGGAUAGGACCCUCGUAAUCGACGAGCCAACAGCACCAGCACCGGCCUGUCGGUGUCACCCGGCUUCGGACGCUGUGAUCUCAGCAUCUGGCCACCUGGUCCCCGCCCAACUGCCGCCUUCGCCGCCGCCACUCGCCUCGUUGCACAUCGACAACGUGAACAAUUACAGCUCGAUCGGCAACAACACUACUGCCAAACCGGACGCGAUCUCGAACGGUACCAAAGCUGCUGCUACUAUGUCCUCGCCGCCCAAGCAUCGAAGGGGCUUCGACCCCAACGACGUAAACGCCACCGAUUAUCGCCGUUAUCGUCGAGUUAAGACGAGACGAGGCUUUGUAUGUUCCACACCGUGACCUUGGGCGCCGGACACAGACCUCCCCGACAUCUCCCGACAUAUAUCUGUCAGCACGAGGCAUUAAAACACACACAAGCUUGCGAUGUUCGAUGUUGGACCGCUUACUGGUUGUAUACCCCUGAAUAAUAAAAAUUACGAAUGAAAUGCGAUGAAAAAAAAAAAAUGAGCGAACCAAAAAAAAAAAAAAAUGUAACACUAUAUAGAAGACGAAAGCCUGCCAUGGCUAGGCUGCAUGUGUCGUCCUAAGUCGGCGUUGCCUGAUUGCUCGAUCGGAUCAACGAGUGGCGUCCUCGACGAGAGUUGCCACGAUAGAUCGCAUAGAUACGAAAAAAAAAAAAAAAAAAAGUAAACAAGCAAAAAAUAUAUA